AUGUAUACCAAAGAGCCGGAAUAUAACAAAGAAACGAUUACCUCAGAUGAGUUAUUCAAAUUAGCUAGGCAAUCGAAAAAACCAAAAAUAUAUAACCCAAAAACUAAUAGUAUGAUUGCAAUCAAUGGGCCCGCAUAUAAUCAAUUGUUAUGCGAUGAUUAUAUACAUUGGAGAGAAGAAAGACUUUUGAUUCCGCCAUUCAAUGAAAUGCCAAUACUAAGAAAAUGUCUAUCUUUUGCAUCUAAUAAAAUUUGGG